GCCUAUAAUUGUAGCCUUAUGGACCUUCAAUUGGGCUUGUACUGACUCUUUCAACGAAAGAAGAGAAGGAGGCGGAGGCGGCAGCUGAGUGGUGGCGCCGGAGCAACGAUGAGCCUGAAGAGCCUUCUCUGUUCGGCGGCUCUGCAGGGCGUUACGGAGGCACGUGCGAGGAUAUUCGGGCACGUGCUGAACCCGACGGGAAGGCGAGCGCCGCACAAGAUUCUACGUAAGAAGCUAAUCGGUGAUAAGAUCGUUCAGUGGUACCCUUACGACAUCAAGAAUGACGAUCCGCUCGUUUUGGCUCGGGAGGAGAAGGAGCGAUUGGCUAAGCUGGAAAUGCUGAAGCGCCGCGGAAAGGGCCCGCCGAAGAAGGGCCAGGGAAGGCGGGCUGUGAAGCGCAACAAGUAGUUAAAGAUAAUUCACACUUACCUUGUUACUAUAUCUCCUUUUUUCUUGCUUUUAUUGCUAGAAAUGUUUUGCAUUGUUUGGACAAAUAUUUAAUCUCCCCAUUCUUUCAUUAAAAUUAUAUGUGCUCUUUUAUGAGACGAUUAGAGCUCUGCAGCGCUGGAUGAAUGGAGGAAUUUGAACCCAUUUCAUGUAGUAAGAUCCACAAUUUACUAGUGACACUUCAGUCUUUCGUUCUAUAA